AAGCUGGGGAGAGGUUAUAAUUUGAGUUCGCACAGUCCUGAGCGCCAGAGAGACUCUGACACCGCGGCAAUUGCAGGACCCAGCAAGCAGCAGAAGCAGCAGAAUAAGCGCAGGAGGAACGAUGACGUGCACCAUCGCAACGAUUGUGCUGGCCGUCCUGGCGGCCAUGAGCGCUGAGUGUACGGGGGAGGUGGUGGAGGUGAUGGGCAGCAGCGGCGCCCUCUCGUCUCUCCAUUCGGUGCCCAACGACACUGCCGUCACGUCCACGUUCAUCAUCCACGCCCGCGCAGGGGAGGCCGUGAAGAUCAAGUUCACAUGGUUGAGUUUGCUGGAUGACUUGCUGUGUGCCAAAGAGAGCCUGGAGAUCUUGGAUGGAGAAUUUUAUCAACAACGAAAUUCCCUGGCUUUGCUCUGUGGAACUGGCCCGGAGUCCGUGCCUCCACGCAGCAUCAAGUCGAGUGGAGAGAACAUCACGCUGGUGCUAAAGUCCAAUGGGCCGAUGGAAGGAAGGGGCUUCAGCCUGCUCUACAAAUCGGUUACCCCAACGUGGCCGCCAGGAAACUGUGGGAUCGCGACCAUGUACGCGCCAAACCCCUGGCUGGCCUACAUCACCUCCGACGUGACUGACUGCUUUGCCACGCUGAUCAGCAGAUGGUGGCUCCUCACGGCGGCUCACUGCUUCUCCCGUCCAAUGGAUAACACGACGCAGCGGUCCAUCGGAUUCUUGCAAGCGCGUGAGUCGAGGGACAUCGUCAGGAUUGUGUUCCACCCCAAGUCUCAGGAGGGCUCCUUGGACUACGACAUCGCGCUGGUGCAGAUGAACCAGCCGGUGUCCUUCAGCGAACACUUGAUGCCGGUCUGCCUGCCCGAGGCCAUCCAGCACCUGCCGCUGGCGGGGAAGAUGUGCUUCAUCGACGACGACCCCACCUUCGACAUAACAUACUUUAAGGUGUUCGUCCGCAUCGUGAACCAGACGAGCUGUGCAUCCGCAUUCUACGGCGAGGCCCUGACCAGCCGCAUGAUGUGCGGCUUGCCCACCUACGGAUACUACAUGGACUGCAUGCGCACCAAACUUGGUGAUGACGAGAACCUAUGUCUGCAGCUCUACCCUCGUCUUUAGAGCAGAUAUCAUGUGCCCUGAGUCACUAACUUUUGAUAGCUACGUCACUUUGUUUGAGCACGCUACGUCACUUUGUUUGAGCACGCUAAUGAAGAUGACCGGUACAAUAGCCACUCCAAAUCUAAAGCAGCCUGGUUUCAGCACAGUUACAUUUUCAUGCUCUUGGCCUAUCUCGUGCUAGCCUGGCACAUGCCUCUCCAUUCACACUUUUAUGCCUACUUCUGCGUUGGAGUCUUCCAUCUCAUAACACGAUUUAUAGGUAUCAUAUCCAAGGUACACGAUUCAACAAUACGACUGUUUGACGGAAUCUUCUGAAGCCUCUGUUGGUAUCCAGAAGCACCGCAACGGCCAUAGCUCCCCCUCUUAAACUGGCUGCUGACUUAGUUCCUCGAGGGCAUGUGCAGUUGUUUUUGGUGUCGUGCUUGUAAAAAAAAUCCCAAACACGAGGACGCGUGGCUUCACGCCCACAGAGGGCCUCAAAUGC